CUGUCACUGUCCUCCAGCUUCCAUACUACCAUCGCUCAAAACCACCAUUUGCACUGGUCGUGCCUGCCUUCGUCGGGGCCAUUUGACACUGAAGACAAUCACUCAAGGACCUCCACCUCUUCACCGCACCUUUCGACAUCUACCCAAUAACUCAUCUCACCGCAAUGGCAGCACCACGAGCUACGCAAUUCAUUGCCCUCCGCAAUCUGUCUCGCGCCAGCCAACACGUCCGCCAUCUUCACAUGACUGGACCUGCAACCUACCCUUCACCCAUUCUCCACAAGGAGCGUCCAGUACUCAACCUCCCCCGUGACAUUGCUGCUCUCCGGGCAGAGUGCAAGAGACGUAAGAUCGAUGCAUCAGGUGCUAAGAGAGAUCUGAUCGCUCGUCUCAACGCUGAUGAGCUCGCCCACUCCCGUGCAUUCACCACUGCUAUCCACAAGCCUGAGCGUCCUACCGCCGAGCAAGAUCCCCCCUCAAAGCCCGCUGUUCGCCACUUCAACACCUCUCGUGCAUUAAAGGCCAAUAAUGAUUCGUCGACCAUCGACUUCGCCUACCUCCCGGACGUCGUCUCACCCGAAAAUAUCGACAUCUACUCCCAAGUCCGCGUUCCAAUCAUCCCGACUCUCGACAGCCGCACCUCCGAACACGCCGCCUUCAGCCCAGAAGUCGAGACCGUUGUUAUGAAACCGCAGAUCAGCACCAUGUCUGCCGAUGCCGUUUACAUGCCCUUUUCUGAAGCCACAGACGGACAUGCUAUGAACAUCGACUUCCACGCCAUGGCUGAUCGCGUGACCGCCAAUUUGCGAAAAAUCGCCGUGCCUGUUGAGCAGCAAGCCGGGAUCAUGAAACAGAUUUUGAACGAUAUGGUUGAUGACAUGAUGGGCCAGAAGAAGCUUCUCGUAGCUUAAGCUGGUCCUUGCUGCAUGCGAUCCUGUGGAUGAAGAAUGUCCUACUGUGGAGGGUGUUAUUUAUACUUGCGGACAGAUUGUUUGAAGUGCUCAAACCUGCCUCGCAUCAACGAAGCUGACUUUUCUCGUCACGGCCUCAGUACACUUACGAUUCUGACUAUAUAUAUAUUUUUUUUAGCAAACGACAGGACAGUCAAGAAGUUGCACUUUGGAAGUGCAGAAAUGGGUC